AUGGGUUUUAGCAAAGUUCCUUGGUCUGAUGUUUGCUUACCUCUCCAGCAAGGAGGUUUAAACAUAUCUCCGUUGCGAAUCAAAAAUCAAUCCCUUCUCCUUAAAUGGAUUUGGAAGUUGAGAACGGGCAGAAAAACUACUCUUUGGUUUACAGUUAUUUCAUGCAGUACGGGUAUCUCGGAUUGGAGAAAUCUUAAUUCGAUAAACACAACAAAGCUAUCUCAGUUAUGGCGUGGGAUUCAUUCUGUUUGUGUUAAAAAUGUUGAGGUCUGGAAUAUUUUUAACAAUGGCAUUGCUUCACACUUGGGUAAUGGCAAAGAAUAUGUUUUUGGCAUGAUUCAUGGGAAUAAAACCAUAUCUGUUAAAGAUGCUUAUGAUGACUCUAAUCAGAACUUCAGUUUCAGAUGGAAUCGCAGACUGCGAAUUGGAGAACAGCAGCUGCUCGCUCUUCUCCAAGAACAGGUGCAAUGCAAUCUGCCAAUAGCUGAUCAAGAAGACUAUUUCUCUUGGAAUAACAAAGAUAAAUUCACUCCAUCAGGAUUUAAUUUGUUAUUACAAGCUGCUCCAUUGUAUUCUUCGCCUGAUUAUGAUCUGCGUAAUGCUUCGGACUUAGAUUAUGAAAGCAGAUUGCAUUCUGCAACUGUUCAUGUCUCUGCUACUCUUCAAGCCGACAAGGAUUAUUCUUUUUUCUGGAGAUUCAAGCUCCCUCCUCGCAUCCUUUUCUUCCUGUGGCUGUUAGCAAGAGAUAGACUAUCUUCUAAUCAGGUUCUUGUGAUCAGAGGUAUCCUUCCUUUGGCAAAAAUUGGUUGCUCAUUUUGCUCUUGUGAUGAAACCAACGUCCACAUUAUGAUACAUUGUCGUUAUGCUUGGUUAAUUUGGAAUAAUUUGCUGCGUAUGUGCAAUAUUCAAUUGGUAAUGCCUCCUACUUUAAUAGAGUUCUUUCAUUUUUGGAGUUCACUUUCCUUGAACAGAUACCGACAUCUAUGGCAAACGAUUUGGUUUUUUUGCGUUUGGGAUAUUUGGAAAGCUAGAAAUAAAAGGGUAUUCAACAAUGAGUUUGUAGAGGUGAAUUCUCUGAUAUUUGGAGCAAUUUGCAAAGCGGUGGAAUUUUACAAGGACAAUAAUCAUGGUUUUGUCUAUUCGGGAAAUGAUGUAUAUCGAAAUUUACUUUUCUUUUGUAAUUUUGAUUAA